UCUUUCAUUUUCUCAUUCAUUCACACACAUCACAACCCAGGAAAAAGUAAAACAACUUUUCAUUUCAUUGCACGCCCAUUCUAAAUAAAUUCCAGAUUACUGCUAUAAAUUCAUUAUGCUGUUGUGGACAAAAUAAACAUAUCUAAAAUGGAUCUCCCUUACGAGAUUUUAGUUUACCUUUUUAAUUAUCUACCAAAAUCUGAUAGAAAAGCUGCUAGUGAAACAUGUAGAUCGUGGUACCAUGCUGCAAAUGAUUAUUGCUUUUUGAAAAACAAAGUUGUAAUAUUUUAUAAAUCUAUUUUGAAUGAAGAAAUAUCUUCCCCCAUUCAAAUUUUUGAGAAAUCUUGUAUUAUUUAUCGAAACUAUGUGUUCAGUGAAGUAGAGAUAUCAAAUAAACUUAAUGAUUUCUGGGAUAGCAUGGGUGACAACAUAGCAUCACUCACUCUUAGAAAUUGUGAUGUCUGUGAGAAAGUUUUUGUUUACAUGAUGAAAAAAUGUCCAAGCCUAGAAGAACUAAACAUAGAGAGUUGUAGAGAAUUAUUUAUGUCAGGGCGAUUACUGGAAGGAAAAUCAGAAGGCCUGUUGGACAACAACUUGGAUAAAUUGAAAUACUUAAGUUUAGCAGGGAAUCAUUACCUCACGGAUGCACUAUUUAGCAGAUUUGCAGAAGCUUCACCAGCUAUAGAAUCACUGAAUCUUUCAUCAUGUUCUUUACAAUUUCAUUUUGGAAUAGUAAAAAAGUUUUAUCCACCAAAUACUGAUAUUUUGCGAAAUCCAUCUGAAAGUGUUCUGACAUUCUAUUUUAUUUUGCAAUUUAUAAGAAGACGUGCUGAAAACAUGAAGAGGCUAUUAUUUUCAAAGACUUUAAUUGAUGGCACAUCAUUAAAAUCUCUUUCUGAAAUUCAAAACCUUAAAUUAGAGUCCUUAGAAGUACAUUCUUGUGAUCAACUUACUAACCAAGGCAUACUUGCUUUGACCACUCAUCAAACAUCUUUAAAAGAGCUUGAUAUUGGCCUAUGUACUAGAGUUACAGAUCUAUCUUUAGUAUAUAUUUGUAAAAACCUAGUCAACCUAGAAUCACUUAGUAUUCAGAGAUGUCGGGCAGUAACUGACCUGGGUGUAGCAGAGUUGGCAAAACUAAAAAAAUUGAAAUCACUUAAUAUCUCCCAGUGUGAACUGAUAACAAAAGAUGGGUUGAAAAAAGGCCUUUGUCUAGAAGUUAAUACAACUAUUGAAGAAUUGAAUAUACAUUCACUGAAUUUGGAUGAGGCAGGGCUAAUCAUGAUUUCAGAAAAUAUGCCAAAUCUCCAAUCCCUUGAUAUUAGCUACUGCUUUAAUGCUGUGACUGAUGUAUCAAUUCAAGUUAUAUUUAAAAACCAAGUCAACCUUCAUACACUUAAAAUGAGUCAUUGUGACAAGGUGUCAGAUGCUGGAUUAACAGGAAUGGGAAAAGUUGAACCAGAUAGUGGUGAUGAGGGUCCCAUUAUGUCCAAUGUUGAAGAUUCAUCAGACAGUCACAGAAUUCAUCUUGGAUCUAGAGCUGAAGAAGAAAUUGUUCGUGAUGCCAAAAGGAAACGCAAUGUAAUGCUAAUGUGUGAAAAAUUAACAAUGGACUCAUUUAGUGGCUUCUCUUUAGCACGUUUACAAAUUCUCAGAGAGUUAGACAUAAGUGGAUGUAACAGAAUAACUGAUGUUAGCUUGACUUAUGCAUUUAAUUUCAAAGAACUGGUUGUCCUCAAUUUGAGUAGAUGCCAACAGAUUACCCAUGAAGGAAUAGGACAUCUAGUCAGAACAUGCCCCAGUAUUGAAUACUUCAAUCUAAAUGAAUGCUACAAUUUAAAUGAUAAUGCAGUUGCUGAAAUAGCAAAAGGAUUAAAAAGACUCAAAGAACUUGAAUUACGGGGAUGUAAUCAACUGACAGAUAAAACAUUGGAAGUAGUAAGGUCCCAUUCUGAAAAACUGAAGUUCAUUGAUGUUCAAGGCUGUCGACACAUUUCACCAGAACUGGCUUGUACAAUAGGAACUUUACCAAAUUUGCAUACAGUCCUCAUAUCGAAGCCUGGACCUUACAUAAUGGAAGGUGUAAAAAACAGAUCGCCUCCCCCAACCUUCUUACCUGCUUUAAUGCGAAAACUUCGACUUCAUUGAACAAUUAUAUUAUGCAUAUGUGAAAUUUUAUUAACUUUUAUUAAGUAUAUGAUUUAUAUCGAAAUUCUGCAUUUGUUGAUUAGAAAAAAUUAACAUUAGCUUUAAUUUUUUUUACCUAUAUUAACAAUGGUUUAACCAUAACACAAGGUGUAAGAAUUUUUAUUCAGUGCACUGUUUCAUUUGCUUGUUCCUUAGAAGGAAGCUGUAGUGGCCUGUGAUAACAUUUGUAUCUAAUACAAUGUGAUAGUACAAAUUGUGCAAUAAAAAUAUUAAUAGAU